AUGGAGGAGUUUUCGACAUUCGGCCUAUUGAGAUUGAGCUUUCUUUUUGUGGUUUUCAUUAGUUCUCUUCUGGUAGAAGGAGAUAACCUGGACUCUGAUGGCAGUAAUGCUGCUCUAUGUGAAACGGAUCUCACCUCAUUUCUUCCGUUUCCAUAUAGUACUUUACCUGACAUGGUUUGCAGACCACUUUGGAACUCAUAUUUGUUAAGGUAUUCCCAUUCCAAGAACAAUGAGAUCACCAUUGUGUUAUCAACCAUAUAUACCAGUGGAUGGGUGGGAAUCGGCUUUUCUAGGGAUGGAAUGAUGCUGAACUCCAGCUGCAUGGUGGGAUGGGUGAAUUUAGAAGGCCGGGGAAGAAUAAAACAGUACUAUGUAAAGGGCUUCACCGCAUCAGAAAUCAAACCAGAUGAAGGUGAACUGCCACUAACUAAUGUUCCACCAUUGGUGUCGCUACAGGGAGCCACUAUAUACUUGGCAUUCCAGUUGAAGUAUAAUAAAACUCUUAAAACUCAGCCUAUUCUAUUAGCUUUCAGCACCAAAACCCCGCACCACCACCACCUCGCUGUUCAUGAUGACAAGACGACUAUCUACUUUGAUUUCUCAUCAGGCAACACAGAUUCCAGUGUUGAUUUAUCUCGUAGCAUUCUCAAAGACAGGAGAACCCAUGGGACAUUGGCUCUACUGGCAUGGGGUCUGUUUCUCCCUGUUGGAGCAAUUUUGGCAAGAUACCUUAAGCACAAAGAUCGUCGGUGGUAUUACCUUCACAUAGCCUUUCAGUUCAUUGGAUUCUUACUAGGAGUUUCUGCAGUUGUUGUUGGACUAUCCCUCAAUAACACAUUCCAUUCUUUCAUUUCUGCACACAAAGGCAUUGGAAUUUUUGUCCUUGUUCUCACCAUUCUCCAGGUUCUUGCUUUCUUCUUGCGGCCUAGUCAGGACAGCAAGUACCGUAGAUAUUGGAACUGGUACCACAACUGGGCUGGCAGGAUUUGCCUUUUCUUUGCAGCAGUGAAUAUAGUCUUGGGGAUGCACAUAGCUAGUGCCGGCCAAGCAUGGAGAGUAGGCUACGGUUUUCUGCUCGGUUCAAUCUUGGUUGCCGUUGUCAUUCUGGAGGCAUUGUUGAGACUUCAAAGGUCGCGGGAGCACGAUAACCACCCUCCCUUUUCAAUGAGUUCAAUGGAGCAAGAGAUAUCACUGUAG